UAAACGCUCGUCACUGCAGUGUUUAGCGUCAUCAUCAUCAUCAUGUCCUAGUCGUCGUCGUCUCAUCAUCAUCAUCAUCAUCAUCACCGUCGUCAUGCUCGGCACGACCAACAUGUCCAUGACAUCAACAUCUUCGUCAUCGUCAUCAUCAUCACCACCGUCGAUAUCGUCGACAUCAUCACCAUCAUCAUCAUCAUCAUCAUCACCACCACCACCAUUAUCGUCGUCGUCAUCAUCAUCAUCAUCAUCGUCGUCGUCGUCGUCGGUGUCAUCAUUAUUAUCACUGUCGGCAUCACCGUCGUCACAAUAGCAACGUCAUCAUCACCGCCACCACCACCACCAUCAUCAUCAUCGUCAUCAUCAUCAUCGCCAUCACCACAACCACUACCAUUAUCAUCAUCAUUAUCAUCAUCAUCACCAUUCAUCAAAACUACCACCACCACCACCACCAUCACCAUCACCAUCAUCGUCAACAUCAACAACAUCAUCAUCAUUAUUAUUGCAACCAUUCCCCACCUUGGCCAACAAUAACACUCUCUGCUAACACAAACACCUUCGCCGAUUUCUUCUUCUCUUCUCUUCAUCUUUCUCUGCCAAAUCUUCCUUUCUCCUUUCUCUCAUUCUUCCAUUCGCCUUACUCUCCACACUCUCCUUUUCCUUCUUUUUCUCUCUUUUUCCCCCCUCUUCACCUUUUUCUUUUUUGUUCAGCCAACCUUCUUCUUCUUCUUCUUCUUCUUCUUCUUCUUCUUCUUCUUCUUCUUCCACCUCUUCUUCUUCCACCUCUUCUCCUACCCAUUCCUCCACCCCUACCCCCCCAUAUACAACAUAUUUGUUUUGUUCUUCUUUACUCCUGCUACAACUUGUAGUACUAUAGCUGCUAUCAUCAUCAUCAUCAUCAUCAUCAUCAUCAUCAUCAUCAUUAUCAUUAUUAUUAUUAUUAUUAUUAUUAUUAUUAUUAUUAUUAUUAUUAUUAUUAUUAUUAUCGACAUCAUCAUCAUCACCACCACCACCAUUUCCAUGCCAAUUCACGCCGUAAACUACCUCAACUAAAUUCUACUGGCGAAACCUAUAUACAACCUUGUCAAAAAUCGAUCGACGGUAGGACAAAUAUAUUUUAAAAAAUUAAUUAACCGACUUUUCCACCCAGUUCUGUACCCAAGCGGGAAGCUGCAAACUGAUGCAUUGAGAAUAAUGUUACCGAAACUGGUGUAAUUUUUAAUAUUAACCGGAACCGAGGUUGUGAGAAAUAAAAUAACAAACAACGAGAAAUACGAAGAAGAUAUGGGAUCGGUCAUUAGCAAAAAUGGUUUUUCAGCCCUUAGUUCCCAAACUAAUAAACUUGACUCUAGAGAACCGUUGAACGAAUCGAAAUCUGAUAUGAAGUCCUCGAAUAAUUCAGAAAACGAUGUCGUUUCUGGUAACACUUGGGACUAUGGGACUUGUUUUACAUCUUGGUCUGAUGACGUCACUUAUAAAUACCUGGAUGAUAUUCUGUGUGACGACUUGGAGUAUAAUAUAGUUCCAGGAUUUAAUAGCUACUCGCAGACAAACGCAGAUCUUUGUUCCGACCUUGAAGAUAGUUGUGAAAAUAUUCCUUCGUCCAAUUCAGCAUCGGAGAAACAAAAACUUAAAUCGACCUCAGAUUCAACCAAUUCCUGUCUUGAAGAACAACACCGGCGAGACUCUGAGGAUAAUUCAUUUUUAGAUCUUGAAAACCAAAUUCUCCAGGAAUAUAACGAUGCCAAAGGAACACGGCCAUUACUUUCAGAGAUAUUCCGAAGAAAUCCUGAUUAUGAACAUGUUGCUGUUGAAUCCCUCAAUAUUUGGUUUCAGAUUUUGACACAAGGACAGCAAUUUCGGCGGAGGGGAGCGAGCCGUCUGACAGAAUAAAUCACCUUAUUUGAUAAACAACAGGAAAAUACCAAACUUAUUUCAUGAAGAUAUUAAGAAUGGAACAGCUCAGCCAUUAUGUGGAUCUUCAAGAAGGAAAUGGGCAUAAAUUAGAUAAAUUUAGGAUUCAAUAUUUCUCCCUGUUAAUUAAAGUCUAGAUUGAAUAGUUGAGUAUAUAAUAGGGCUAAUGACUUGUAGCUACACACCACUAAUAGGAAACGUUGUUCUGUAACCAUUCUCUUUAGUAUAUUCCAGGUAUGGCAGUGUGACAGAAAACCAAGUCCAAAAUAUUCUUUGGUUCCUGAAUAGAAUUGCUUUACUUAGUUCGACGAUGUUCAAGAAAUCCAUGAAUAUCACAAACUCUCGUUUUCCUUCCCUAAUAAAAUUGGCGCCAAUUAGUAAAGAACUGGAUUAGAUGCCUUUUAGUAUUAAGUUGAAUAUCUUGCAGUGCUGAGUGGAAUUAUUCUGCAAAUAAUAUUGUCUUCCUAACUCUUCUUUUUAUGCCAGUGUAAAAUAAAAUAAAAUCAUUAUUAUUACUUUA